AUGUAUGGAUUUGAGAAAAUUAAAAAGUUAUUGGGUAUACAAGGUACCGAUGUAGCAAAAGAAGCUUCAGAUAUAAUACUUGUUGAUGAUAAUUUUAAUUCAAUUGUUAAAGCAGUUAUGUGGGGACGUAAUGUUUAUGAUUCCAUUGCAAAAUUUCUUCAAUUUCAAUUAACUGUUAAUGUUGUUGCUGUAUUUUGUGCUUUUAUUGGUGCAUGUAUUGUAAAAGAAUCUCCAUUACGUGCUGUACAAAUGUUAUGGGUUAAUUUAAUUAUGGAUACCUUAGCAUCAUUAGCACUUGCUACGGAAGUACCAACUGAAGAAUUAUUAACACGUAAACCUUAUGGACGUACACGACCGUUAAUCUCAAGAACAAUGAUGAAAAAUAUUCUUGGUCAUGCUAUUUAUCAAUUAGCUGUUAUGCUUUUUAUUUUAUUUGCUGGACCUACAGUAUUUGAUAUGGAUGAUGGUCGUCCAGUAAAUAAUAUAUUUAAACCAUCUGAACAUUUUACAAUGAUAUUUAAUGUAUUUGUUUUAAUGACAUUAUUCAAUGAAAUAAAUUGUCGAAAAAUUCAUGGAGAAAAAAAUGUUUUUCGAGGAAUAUUUACAAAUCCUAUUUUUUAUGGUAUAUGGAUAGUUACAUUUGUUGUACAAAUUCUUCUUGUUCAAUAUGGUUCAUUUGCAUUUGCAUGUGUUGCAUUAACAUUUGAUCAAUGGAUGUGGUGUCUAUUUUUUGGUGUUACAGUACUUGUAUGGAAUCAAAUUGUUAAUUUGAUCCCGGUGACACGUCAUAUGCCGAAAUGGGGAUCAGGUGAAGUUUAUAGUCAAACAUUACCCGCUGAUUUAGGUCCAGAAGGACAAUCAAGACCAGGAACAAGUUUAACAAAAGGACAAAUACUUUGGUUAAGAGGAAUAACACGUCUUCAAACACAGCUUCGUGUGAUAAAAGCAUUUCAAGAUUCAAUCGAUCGACAACCGCCUGAAUAUGCGACAUUAGAUCGGCUACGAGCCGCUACUGUGCCCAAAUUAACCUCGUUUUAUUACGACAAUCGACCUCUUAUUCGUCCUCAUUCUCUUAAUCCUAUUAUAACUACUAACACAACUAUGACUGAUAAUCAUCUACCAUCAUCACCAACCUUUGAAGAUACCCAACUUUAG